CGAUCUUAUUUAACAUGCACUUUGAUCAUUCAUCCAACAGUUUCCUUCCUUAUGUUAUCUUUGUAGUCCGGAGAACUCGUCCGCCACAGUAAACAAAGACUACAUUUACAUCUUUGUAUGCCAUGGUCUCAUAUUGACGCAAAUCUUGUCUUCUGGCUUUAAUGCUAUAGCCCUUCGCCAUCUCUAUACGCCUUUCAAACUGCUUCGGGAGACAUUUCGAGCCAACAUGCAGGGAGAUCAAGUGGCUGGAUCGAAUCCUCCGCAAUAUCCCGGUGAUGAUACAAGAUUUACCAGUAAGAAGGAGCUCGCUGGCUGGUACAGCUAUGGUUGGGCUGCAGAGGUCUUCGCCGUAUGUGCCAUGGGGUCAUUCCUCCCGAUCACCCUAGAGCAAAUGGCUCGGGAACGUGGUGUCCUUCUAUCAGACCAAAUUACCCCAUGUAGUGCGAGCUGGAAUCACUCCCCAAACCAUGCACCACCAAUCCUUGUGUAUGCUAAGCCUGGGUCACCCAGGGCAGCCCAGUGCGUGGUGAAUAUCCUGGGAUUCCAACUGAACACUGCAAGCUUCGCUAUGUACACAUUCUCGGUGAGUGUCUUUGUUCAGGCUAUUUUUAUUGUAUCAAUGUCGGGCGCCGCAGACCAUGGCAACCAUCGCAAGAUGCUUCUAGUGCUGUUCGCAUUCGUCGGCUCCGCUUUCACCAUGUUAUACCUUGCAAUAUCGUCAGAACUAUAUAUUCUUGGUGCGCUGUGUGCAGUCAUUGCCAACACAUGCUUUGGAGCCUCUUUUGUGCUUCUCAAUUCGUUCUUGCCUUUAUUAGUUCGUCACCACACUUCUUUACUCAAAAGACGGACUAAUGGUUAUACUCGGGCUGUUAACCCACACCGCGACACCCCAGCAUCUGCUCCUGCGCAAGCUGAAAUUGGGGAGACAACCCCACUGGUUCAAUACAACCAGCUGUGUCACCUAGCCGAUACCAACCAAUUUUCCACUAAAAUUGAUCAGGAGCUCGAGCUAUCCUCCAAGAUUUCUUCUUAUGGAAUUGGCAUUGGCUAUAUUGGCGCGGUGUUAUUACAAGGAAUCUGCAUUGCAGUAAUCUGUGCAACUAAGCAAACCACUUUCUCGCUACGUCUUGUGCUAUUUCUGAUCGGAUUAUGGUGGUUUCUCUUUACGAUUCCUUCCGCGAUGUGGCUGCGUUCUCGACCAGGACCACCUCUUUCCUACACUUUACACAGCAAAAACCAAGGCUCGUGGGGAGGCUAUAUCGCAUAUGCCUGGAAGUCUCUCGGCCGGACAGCAAUGCGCACUCGGCAUCUUAAAGACAUUCUGUUGUUUCUGGCAUCGUGGUUUCUCCUCAGUGACGGGAUUGCUACAGUUAGUGGGACAGCGGUUUUAUUCGCUAAAACUCAACUGGGUAUGCAACCCGCUGCAUUGGGUCUGAUUAACGUGGUUGCAAUGGCAGCGGGUGUGCUCGGCGCAUUCUCAUGGAGCUAUGUUGGACGGAUAUUUGGCCUUAGUGCAUCGCAAAUCAUUAUUCUAUGCAUUCUGCUUCUCGAAUUCGUGCCGCUCUACGGACUCCUGGGUUUCAUACCAGCUAUCAGAGAACUGGGGUUUUUGGGUCUUCAACAACCAUGGGAAAUGUAUGCGCUGGGCAUCGUAUACGGCCUUGUCAUGGGAGGACUAUCGUCGUAUUGUCGAAGUUUCUUUGGGCAAUUGAUCCCCCCAGGCUACGAAGCAGCGUUUUAUUCCCUUUACGCUAUCACCGACAAAGGAUCCAGUAUUUUCGGCCCAAUGAUUGUUGGGCUCAUUACGGAUCGAUACGGCGAAAUUAGACCUGCAUUCUUUUUUCUUGCCAUACUAAUCAUGUUUCCACUGCCGCUCAUGCUUCUGGUGGAUGUCGACCGUGGGAAGCGGGAUGCUUUAGCACUCUCGAGUGAAUUAGCAGGCGAAAGGGAGGCAUAGUCACUACCUAGCUUAUAGGACGAUUCCACGCGAGGCCACUCACCGUGAGUCACCAGUCAUUCGAAGCGGAUGAGCUAUAUGUGUGGAUAUAGUGCAUGUAUAGUGCAUGUCGUAUAGUAGCAGGACCUAGAUGCUUCUGCGUACCGUCUGUUCCCGUGUGUUUCUCGUUUUCUGUACCAGAAGAUUUGCUCUCCGGUUGCCAGAAUGGAAAGUAAGCCCUCGUCGAAGGCUAGUGACAUUAAUUCUGUUACAGUGAG